CUUUCUAUCUGACUCUCUAGUUUGCUGAACGUGUAGCUAGUUUCCAGCUAACGGGUUAGAGCCAACUACUCAGCGCUACCGUUAUUUGUUAAGCUCGGAGUUAACAUAGUUUUACUUCUCUUUAAGGGAAGCACACUUAUAAUUUAUUAGAAGUUGUAUAAUUUACUCUAGACAUAGUUGUCACAUUCACGUUUAGUUUAUGUAGCGUCAUCAUUAGUAUGGUGAAAGGUGAAAGGAAUGAAUAUCAUAGCGGUUACCUGCUAGCAUAGCUAACAUCAACUUUGGCUAGCUAGCUAGCUAGCUAGCUUGUCUGGCUGGCUGGCUUUGGGAAGCAUAGUUCUUUACGGUGGUCAUCUCUAACAAGCAAGUAACAACAGACAAGUUACCUUCGGAUUUCGUUGUUAUAGGCUACGUCAACCCAAAAUAGAGAUGAGUUGUCAAGGUGAUCACACCCCUCCAUUGAGGGUGUUGGUGACAGGAGGAUCCGGCUUGGUGGGCAGGGCUAUACAGCAUGUGGUGAAAGAGGAGGGAGGAGCCAAGGAAGGGGAAGAAUGGAUAUUUCUCUCCUCCAAAGAUGCCAACCUCACGAACAUGGAGGAGACACGGGCAGUGUUUGAAAAAUAUCGGCCGACACACGUCAUUCACCUGGCUGCUAUGGUUGGGGGGCUUUUCAAGAACAUGAAGUAUAACCUGGACUUUUGGAGAAACAAUGUCUACAUCAACGAUAACGUGCUGCAGGCAGCACAUGAAGUUGGCGCCGUCAAGGUUGUUUCUUGCCUGUCCACCUGCAUCUUUCCAGAUAAAACCACCUACCCUAUCGACGAGACCAUGAUCCAUAAUGGUCCACCUCAUGAGUCGAACUUCGGCUAUGCCUAUGCAAAGAGAAUGAUUGAUGUUCAUAACAGGGCGUAUUUCCAGCAGCAUGGGAGUUGCUAUACAGCUGUGAUUCCCACUAACGUGUUUGGUCCCCAUGACAACUUCAGCAUUGAGGACGGUCAUGUGCUAAAUUAA